CCACUUAAAUAAGAGAAACACACCACCACCAAUUCACUCACGAAUUCCCCAUUCCCUUCCCCCAUCGCAUCGAGAGCCAGGCCAGCCAGCCACCUCUGCUAGGUCUCCAUGGCCGCCGCGCUCAGGUCCCCGGCCUCGGCCAAGGUCUCGAGCCCCGCCGCCGCCUCCAAGGUGCGCCAGGCGUCCAGAGUCGCGGUGGGCGGGUUCCGGCAGCAUCCGCGGAGCCGUGUCGGCCCCGUGGCCGUGCGGGCGUCGCUGUUCUCGCCCAAGCCCGCGGCGGCCAAGGACGCGCGGCCGACCAAGGUGCAGGAGCUGUACGUGUACGAGAUGAACGAGCGGGACCGCGAGAGCCCCGCGUACCUGCGCCUCAGCGCCAAGCAGACGGAGAACGCGCUGGGCGACCUGGUCCCCUUCACAAACAAGCCGCUCUUCCUCCCCACCCACCCAUGCACCCAGGUUUACAACGGCAGCCUGGACAAGCGGCUGGGCAUCACCGCCGGCAUCUGCGUGCUCAUCCAGCACGUCCCCGACCGCAACGGCGACCGGUACGAGGCCAUCUACAGCUUCUACUUCGGCGACUACGGCCACAUCUCGGUGCAGGGCGCGUACCUGACCUACGAGGAGUCGUACCUGGCCGUCACGGGCGGCUCCGGCGUCUUCGAGGGCGCCUACGGCCAGGUCAAGCUCCACCAGAUCGUCUUCCCCUUCAAGAUCUUCUACACCUUCUACCUCCGGGGCAUCCCGGACCUGCCCAGGGACCUGCUCUGCACGCCCGUCCCGCCCUCCCCCACCGUCGAGCCCACGCCCGCCGCCAGGGCCGCCGAGCCGCACGCCUGCGUCAACAACUACACCAACUGACUGAUCAACUCCAGCCCAGGAACCAUCUCUGCCUGCCAUGCCUGUCCCUCACUCGAUUUGUAUGUUUGUAUGGCUUAGGUCCUUCGAUUCGUACGUUCGUGCGUGGUAGCACCAAUAAACAUGCGAUCGAUUGAGUUGUGUGUGCUUCUCCAUUCAUUCACUUGCUCUUUCUGCAGCUCGUGAUCGAGUUGUGUGUGCUCCAUUCCCAAAUUAUGUAUGAUCGAUUAGUAGCGUUAGGGGUUAACCAGUAGCCGCUGUGUACUUGUGUCACCCUUGGACAAACAAUGAGAUAUUUCUUUGUCGUCGAGUAA